GAAAGUCCAUUCCAUGGUACAGCAUAAAAGGACGGACUUAUUUGUGUUCGACUGUUAGUAGAUGCGGUUGAGCCCACAUCCACAUUUGUGGGGACGAGGGCAAUGUGUAGAUAAGCUAGCUAGAUUUCAAACAGUCUCCUCGAGCCGCCGCCGGGGCGAAGAGGAACAUGGAGAGAAAUCGAUCGCAAUCUCUGUUGAUGAUUUGAUCGAUGGGAAGAGCACGCUGCAGGCUGAAGUAAACAAAGACUUUUCAGGCCUCUGUGUAUCGCGAAAAUGUUGGGCGGUGAAGGUGGAUAGCUGGCAGGGAGGCUUGCACAUGGCGGGUGACUUGGACGGUGGGCGAUUCGCAAGAAGAUGUUGGGUCUGUGCGUCACAGAAAAAAGAAGAAGAAGAAAACAUAGGUCAGGGACACAGUCACUCCGAUGCUCAAAUUAGAUAGGGAGCUGAA